UAGUCAUAUGCACCUGAGAUGUUACUGUAACUGGUCUAAGGGUGGGCCUUUAAAGAUGGCUGUCUGGUGAAAUAGAGAGAGAUCAGCUCUCACAGCACUGGCUGUCAUCCUGUAAGUCACUCUGUGAAGCAUGACAGGGGCGGCUGAAGGCACACGACAGGCUGCGGUGCUGCGGACAUGAACUCCAACUCCGGCUCUGCACGGCCAACCCAGUUUAAUCUGGUCCGGGUUAACGGAACGUGGACGAGACAAACUGAGCAGUGCCAAGUGGAGCAGGGAAAGGUAUCAGAUGCCAAAAUCUAUGAGAACAAGUCAGAAGAUGGAGUUUCCUGGACAGUGGUCAGCCCCACCGUGUUCACCUACAGAGUUAUUCAGUGCAACGACAUUCUGGAUCCCAGAAAUGACACUCUGCUCUGGGGUCAUUUAGGAGAUGAGGCCCUGAGAGGGACCUCGAGUAACUCCACACCUGUGAAGCGUUUUGUGGUCAUGGAUGAAACCGUCCAUCAGCUGUACGGCUCCCGGGUCGCUCAAUACUUCGAAUCCAGACAGGCCGUGCACAGGAUCCUCCCUCUGCCCACCACAGAGGAGAACAAGAGCAUGGAGCUAGUGAGCAGAAUCCUGGAGGAAGUUCACGAGUUUGGCAUCGACAGACGCUCGGAGCCCAUCAUCGCCAUCGGAGGCGGGGUCUGUCUGGACGUGGUCGGUCUGGCGGCCUCCCUCUACCGCCGGAGGACUCCGUACAUAAGAGUUCCCACAACUUUGCUGGCCUACGUCGAUGCCAGUGUGGGGGCAAAAACGGGCGUCAAUUUUGCCGGCGGGAAAAACAAGCUGGGGAGUUACGUCCCACCAGUGGCCACCUUCUUAGACCGCUCCUUCUUCCAGACUCUGCCCAUACGUCAGAUCUCUAAUGGGCUGGCAGAGAUGUUAAAGAUGGCCCUGAUGAAGCACCGGGGUCUAUUUCAGCUGCUGGAGGCUGAAGGCAGGAACAUGCUGCACGGCAAAAUGCAGUCGUGCACGACGGGCAGCGGCCCCAAAGUGGAGGACAGCUCCACAGCAUCCAUCCGCAUCGCUAUAGAAACCAUGCUGGAGGAGCUGGCCCCUAACCUUUGGGAGGAUGACCUGGAUCGGCUGGUGGAUUUUGGUCACCUUAUCAGCCCUGAGUUAGAAAUGAGGGUUUUGCCGGAGCUGCUCCAUGGGGAGGCGGUCAACAUCGAUAUGUCCUUCAUGGUUUAUUUGGCCCACCAGAAAGGCCUUCUGACGGCAGACGAGAAGGACCGCAUCGUCCGGUGCAUGUUGGGCCUGGGGCUGCCCGUCUGGCACCAGGACUGCACCUUGGCCCUGAUCCAGAAAUCUCUGGGGCAGCGUCUGGAGCACUCGGCCGGCUCUCUGAGGAUGCCUCUACCGACGGGAUUGGGAAGUGCAGAAAUUUUCCACGACAUGAUUGAGGAUUGUUUCCUUUGCCAAGCUUACCAGAAAUGGACUGAUGAGCUUUCGUCUUCAGGGACCAAAUGACGACGAAACAGAAAAAAACCCAUUUGAAUGACAUAUCAUCCUCCAUGCUGUAUGAACUCCUCCUCUGACAGAUUGAUGACUCACAGUAUUCGAAAUGCAUUGCUUUUUGGCAGAGAUGUUUAAAGUACUGGAGUAGAGGAGUGGAGUAGAAGUACAAGUACUAUGUAAAAAAAUUUACUUGAGUAAAAG